UAGUAGUUCUGAUGAGUUUUUUUUUUUUUUGUGUGUUUUGACCAAGGGAUUUAAUUAUCGUGUGGAAUAAGUUAACCUCAAAGCCGUUGAGGGUCUUAGUGAUUUACAACUGACAAGGUAUGGUUCAGUGUUUUGCUAUAUCUGGAUGCAUGGAGUAAUAAAUAUGGAGUACUCAUAAAUAUGUACACAUGCCAAAAAAGAAAAGAAACACAAACUAACACAUCCUCCAUUAGAAAGCUUUUAUUGUUGACAAAAAAAAAUGAAUAUGCAUAUGUGUAUUUUGCAUAUAUCAAAAUUGUAAAGAUUUUAAACGUUAUGAAUAUUAAAUGGAAAGAUUUUAAAAUAAGUAGAUCUUAAAUGAUUUUUAAGCAUGUUUCCUUUAUGUGUUUUAAAGAGAUUUUACAUUGUAUGAAUAUUAGCAUAAUGUUAACGUUACCAAUAUAUUUAUGUAUCUCAUUAUUUCAUAUCAAACACAACUCAGUAAUAUAUUCAUAUUCUCUAAUUCUAACAUCGAUCUUUGUCAUAAUCAUCAACAUGUCAUCCAGACAGGUCGUGAAGAAGAUAUUUGCAAAUUUUGAGAAUAGUAACGAUGGUGUCAUUAGACAAGGAAUUACCAAGUGAGUUUCUUGCUUCUUUCUCAAAUUUCCUAUGAAAAUCGAAUGCCUUCACCUUCAAGUUUCAUAUAUUUUUUUUUGGAUUAAUUCAGGAGUGACCAUGAGUUACUGGACCCGUUCGUGUCGCUUGCUGAAUUUUCUGGUAAUUCUUAUUACUUUGGAAUGUGUAAUUUAAAAUUUUGAGAUUUUGAUUUUUUACUUAUUCAUUUAUUGUUUGUUUGUUCUGUUUCUUGAUCAGUUUCACCUCCAGGUGGAUUCCGAGAUCAUCCUCAUAGAGGUGAAGUCAUCUUUUCAUUCUUAUUAUACACAUACACAAAGCCUACUUUGUUCUAUAAUGUGUCUCAUGUAAUUGAUAAUCUGUGUGCAUGUAGGUUUUGAGAGUGUUACAUACAUGUUAGAGGUGAGAAACAAGUCUUCAUCGAUAAUUUAAAUCAAUAAUCAAAGCUUUUUUUUUGUUGCUUAGUCAAAUCAUUUUAACUAGUACAGGGAGGCCUCAUUCACCAAGACUUCAAUGGUAACAAGGGUACAGUCCAUGCAGGGCCGGCCCUGAGAGUUUGGAGGCCCAAGACCAUUUAGUAAAGGUUUCAAAAAUUUGGGAGCCUAAAAAUUUUUUUUUUACAAAUUGGGGGCCUAUUUACAUAUAAAAAAAAUUCAAAAUUUUUGGGGGCCCAAGGCAAAUGUUUCAUUGGGCUUGGCCCAGGGCCGGCCCUGAGUCCAUGAAGGAGAUGUUCUGGUAAAAAAAAAACCUAAAACAUAAACCCUAAAUUAACCUCUGAGCUUUAUGGUUUUAUAUUGUAUAUUGCAGUGGACGACAGCAGGAAGAGGAAUCAUUCAUUCUGAAAUGCCUAAAGAACACACUAACAUUGGCUUACAGCUUUGGGUCAACCUCCCUUCAAGUGACAAAAUGUAAAACAAGAUUCUUCAUAUAUUAAGAUACCACUUUUCUUCAUAGCUUUUACAAUGUUUUUAAGAUUCAUGUUCUUUGAUGCUGCUCAGGAUCGACCCAGCAAACGUAGAAAUAUCGAGUUCUGAGAUGCCAGUAGCAUAUGAAGAAGGAGUAGAGGUCAAAGUCAUAGCAGGAGUGUCAAUGGGAGUCCAAUCUCCUUUCUACACAAGGACACCAAUCAUGUUCCUUGACAUAAUUCUCCAGCCAAGGUCUCAAACUCACCAGACUAUUCCGGAGACGUGGACCGCCUUUGCAUACGUUUUAGAUGGCAAUGAAGGCGUGUUUGGGUCCUCAGACUCUUAUGCAGUGCAAGCACACACUCUUGUGGUGUUUGGAACAGGAGAUGAAGUUAGCGUGUGGAAUACGUCAAACUAUAGGCCGUUGAGGUUCUUGUUGAUUGCAGGAGAACCGAUUGGGGAGUCUGUGGUUCAACACGGGCCAUUUGUGAUGAACACACAAGCUGAGAUUGAUAGGACCAUAUGGGACUAUCGCAAUGGCCAGAAUGGCUUUGAGAUGGCUAAUUAAGUACUGGAGGUCAGAAUGAAACGAUUCUGAAACUAUAACAUAGACUGCUUUUUUUUUAGUAUACUAUUUUUUA